AUGGAUACGCAAGCACAAAUGGCUUACUAUCAGUCUGGAAUGCAACAGUACCCCAAUGGAGGCACGCCGAUGGGGUCGCUGACGUCCAUGCCCAUGAGUUCUAUGGGCUCAGGAGCUUCAGGAUAUGUCGGUAACCAGGGCACAGGAGCUCCUGUGGAUCCUAUGGCCGCUGCCUCUAUGAGCUACAGUGCGGCCCCAAAUCACUCCGUCACAACAACGCCUACUCAGCACCAACACCCUCAGCAGCAGCAGCAACAGCAACAACAACAGCAGCAGUAUGCUCAGCAGUCCUAUCAGCAGCAGCCGCAUCAAUAUCAAGCACAACCAAUACCUCAGAUAGCCUACUCAAAUCAGCAGCAGCAACAACAACAACAACAACAACAACAACAACAACAACAGCAGCAGCAGCAUCAGCCGUUGCAGCAGUAUCAAGCCACCUAUCAACAGCGGCCCGUAUCGACACAACAACCGCAGCAACAGCAACAGUACCAGCCCGCCAUCCAUCUUCCACCACAAGUUCACCAACCUCUGUACAUAUCGCCACAGCCUGUCAUAGCCCAAAAUCAAUCAAUGGGUUACAGUCAACAUAACACUCCUCAGUCAGUAUCCUACAUCCAACCACAGCUCUCGCAGCAGUCUGUCGUACAAUCAACCUAUAUCCAGCAACCACCUCAACAGCAACAGCAGCAGCAGCAACAACACCAACUCCAGACACAACACCUUCAACAGCAACUGCAGCAACAACAGUUGCAGCAACAACAAUUGCAACAACAAAUCCAGGCUCAGCAGCGCUCACAAGUCCUUGGACCCGCUAUUAUCCCACAACAGCAAAUGCAAUUACAACCACAACCUAGCGCCCAUCAGCAACCACAGGUUCAGAUUCAUAUGCAGAUGCAGCAACAGCAACAACAACAACAACAACAACAGCAACAACAGCAACAACAGCACCAACAACAGCAGCAAUAUCAACAACGCCAGCAGCAACAAAUGCAGCAGCAGAUGCACCAACAGCAGCAGCAGCAGAGAAUACAGGGGUCACAACAGUCAACCAACGAUGCUGCUCGGGACGCACGGAAUGCAGGAGCGAUCGAGGUGGUGACGAAUCCUCAAACAAGUACCCUUCAACUCGCAGAAUUUGCCUCUGUGAUGGUCUAUACCCUGUGGCACACUCGGCCGAACAUAAACGGUGCCUCAAGUAAUGCUUACAAUGUUGUACCGCAUCGUAUCAGUGUACCACCUUCGGCCGGUCCAGCUUUCAAGAAGUUUUGCCUGAAGGUCCUCUCGGCUACUCAGCUGUCUUCGUCUGUGAUCUUGCUUUCGCUCAAGUACAUCCAGAAACUCCUCAAGAACAACCCAUCGAUUCAUGGACAGCAGGGAUCCGAGUUCCGGUUGUUUACCGUGUCGCUGAUGCUGGCGAACAAGUUUCUGGACGACAACACCUUUACGAACAAGACAUGGUCGGAGGUGACGGGAAUCAGCGUCAAGGAGAUCAACGUGAUGGAGAUGGAGUUUCUGAACCAGGUCCAGUUCAGUCUGUUUGUCAGCGAGGCAGAGUACCUGGAUUGGCUGCACAGCCUCGAGACAUGGCUCAAGCAACAAGGACAGGGCCAAGGAUAG